AUGUGGAAGAAGAUUACAGGCGUGCGCAUACCAAACCAAUCGCCGUCCUCACAGUGGGACAUCACAAUCCAAGACGGAAAGAUAUCAUCAGUAGACCCUCAUGACUCCACUGCCCCAGACAGUAAAACUUCAGACACGCUCGACGGAGGCAACCGCCUGCUCGCCCCCUCGCUCUGUCACGCCCACAUCCACCUCGACAAAUGCUUCCUGCUCCAAGACCCCAAAUUCAAAGACUUGCAGAUUGAGCGCGGAGACUUUAAAGAAGCCAUGGAAAUGACUGGCGAGGCCAAGUCAAGGUUUGCAGAAGACGAUCUACUGAGGAGAGGCAGACAGCUCAUCGAGGAGAGUCUUCGAUAUGGUGUUACGGCUAUGCGAGCAUUCGUGGAAGUUGAUGGCGUGGUGCAGCUGAAGUGUCUUGGAGCAGGACUGAAGCUGAAGGAAGAGUUUGAGGACCGAUGUGGAGUGCAGAUUUGUGCCUUUGCGCAGCUUCCGCUGUUCUCUGGUGCAGACGGGGGUGCCGAGACUAGACAUUUGAUGGCCACUGCUGCGUUAUAUGACAAGGUGGAAGUGCUCGGCAGCACCCCGUACGUUGAAGAAGAUGAGGCAAAAUCGAAAGAGAAUGUUGAUUGGAUUACUCAAUUAGCGCUAGAGCACAAGAAGCACUUGGACCUCCACCUUGACUACUUUUUGGAUGAGCACAAACAGCCACUCAUCUGGGAGACGUUGAAAAUCAUCAAAGGACUGAAAUGGACGGGCAAUGGAUGCAAGAAACAAAUCACCUUUGGGCAUUGCACCCGUUUGAUCAGGUUCCGAAAGGAAGAGUGGACACGUUUAGAACAAGAGAUUGGCGAGCUGCCCGUAUCAUUUGUUGGCCUCCCCACGUCGGAUCUGUUCAUGAUGCAUUCGCCAGAGAAGGUGCGUGGAACGUUGCCGGUGAUAGACAUGAUUCACCAACACAGAUUGAAUGCUGCCAUGGCGGUGAACAACGUCGGUAACGCCUUCACACCGUACGGUAACUGCGACCCGCUCCGCCUGGCAGCAUUGGGAGUUGGCCUGUAUCAAGCCGGCACGAACAAAGAUGCCGAAUUACUAUACGAAGCCGUCUCGUCUCGGGCAAAGGCCGCGAUUGGCUACAGGUUUACCUCUCUAGGCCUGGAACCUGGACAGCCCGCUGAUUUUGUGCUGUUUGAUCGGAUGGACAGCGGUUGGCGGUGUAGAAAGAGUAUAGCGGAGGUGGUAUAUGAUUCUGGAGAGGAAAGGCACACAAUCUUUCGGGGACGGGGCACUUUCUCGACAUUGUAA